AUUUCAUUUUUCAAUUUUCACAUCUGUGUUUUGUUUAGAAAAUAGAAAUCGGAAUCAACAAAGACGAAAAAUGGGAAAAAUCUUUCUGGAUCAUAUCGGAGGAACUCGCCUUUUCUCCUGUGCUGCAUGCGAUGUCGUUUUAACGAAUCGUUCUGAAUUGAUUAGCACAAGAUUUACAGGAGCCACAGGUCGAGCAUUUCUGUUCCAUAAAGUAGUAAAUUUAGUGUAUUCGGAAGUCCAGGAUCGUGUAAUGCUGACCGGCAGACACAUGGUGAGGGAUGUGUCAUGUAAGAACUGCGCCACUAAACUUGGAUGGGUGUAUGAGUUUGCUACAGAAGAAAAUCAAAGGUACAAAGAAGGCAGAGUGAUAUUGGAGAGAGCACUUGUGAACGAGACUGAAGGCAUUGAGGAGAUUCCUGUUAACAAUGAUGAUUAAAAUACUAUAUUUUUCUCUCACCCUAAUAAGUUAUGGGCAUUUUGCAAUCCUUAUAAGUUAAAGGCAACUAAAUACUAUUUAAACCGGCUCAGAAGUUUUUGAGAGAGGAAAAUUGUAUUCUUUACUUUUGUGUUGUCGCGCAUAACCGCAACGCAUGUGUAACAUACAAUCUGUUUUUUUGGUUCCAAUGACCCCUUUUUCUUUCGCCAAGAAAUUGCUUUUCAGUACCAUGCAGGGGAUACAAUGCGAAGAAGGAACACUCUAAAAUCUUAAUUAUUGACAAAAAUUAUCAAUUUAAUAAAUUUAACUGCCA